AUCUAUCAAAGUACAAACGAGCAAUACAGUUUAUCAAUCUGCAAAACAAAGUUAUAGUAAGAACGAAAAAAGAAGUGAUGUAAAAACUAUGUAAAAAUGUUAGUUUUUGCAUAAGCGAGUGCUGUGUCAAGGCAUGAUAUCUCAAUUAUGUUAUGUAUUCAGAACAUAUGAGAAUUCUUGGAAUUUCGGAACACAGUAAAAACGUAAGCUUCUUUUAUCAUUAAAUAUGUUCUGUAACAUCUCACAAGAAAACUGAUAAAUCCAUAAUUACCUCACCAGGUCACGUAUGGUGCAUAUAGAAAAAAGAAGAAUAUUCGAUACGAAGAAACAACAUUGGUUUAUUAUGUUUUUAAAUGAAGUGGAUAACGAUUGCAGCUAUGUUUAAUAGAUAUUUAAGAAAAAUUUGACUUAAUCUGCAAAUAACUUCAGAUUGUCAGACCAAUCUAUGUGCGAAUAUUUCAGAAGUUUUUAUUUUGUUUAAAAAUUUUGUUAUUUAUGAAUAAAAUAAAAAUCUUAUGUUUCGACAAAAAUCUAUUAAAGUAGUAUAAAAUUUCGGGACUAUUUACUUGCAACAUUAUUAUUUGGAUUAUCUUAUAUUUCAAUGAAAUAUUUGUUAUGAUAGUAUUUAUUUGAAUUAGUACUAAAAUAUAUAUUUAAAAUAUUCUAUUUCUUUAUGUAAAUACUAUUUUAUAUACGUAUAUUAUUUGUUAAAUUUUGUUUACACUGAAGGAAAUAAUAUUACUUUUAGAAAAUUUAUUUCUAUUUUUUUGUUUCAAAAAUCUAUUUUUCUCAGAUUCUUUGAAUAGUAAAUGAUCUGGGUAAAACUUAUAUUUCAGGAAGGCAAUUGGAUUAUCUUCACUUUCACAUACAAGAUGUUCACAGAUUUACUAUCCAACAUUUUUUCUUAUAAACUGUAGAUGCUAUGGAAAAGUGAAGAAGAACUAUCUAAUAUUGUACAAUGUAAGGAUAUAUAAAAAUUUUGUAUAAUAAUAUUAUUUUUUUAAGAACUGUAGAUGAUCUUCAAUUUUUUAAAUGGAAUGUUUUUUUUAGAUUAUAUGAAAGCAAAUGUGAAAACAAAUUCAAUGAUCUUCAUACUUACACAGGAUCAAGAACUGUGUUGUCCAGGACAGUCUCCUCAGUAAUCUGCAGAAAAUUUUAGUUGCUCAUUUUUUUGUUAAAAAGUUAUUAUUAAAUUUUAUUGAAUUAAAAUAUUUACAGAGUAUAAUAGUUAUGUGGGAUGGGGAAUUCUGGGAAGGGGCCUGGAACUUUCUCCAGUGCUCAAUAACGACACAAUUGUCGCCAUCUGGAGUGAAGGC